AUGUAUAGUCUCUUUGGGUCUAUUCUUCUUUCAAAGCAUGGAAUUAAGGCUAACCAUGAUCGCCGUUCAGAAACACUCCAUUUAGAAGAAAAUGUGGGUAGUUGUAAAGAGGAAUAUCACAGUACAACAUACAGUGGAUGCCCCUGCGGCAGUACAGAAGAGGAAAAUGAAGAAGAGGCGGAUAACAACAUUGUGCAGGUUCCCGUCACCUAUUUGCAAGGGAAGUAUGUAUUAUUAUAUCUCCCUGAACCAAAUAACAGUGGUUGCCGUAGUUGUAAGCCUACAAAAACGUCUAAUGUAUUAAAUUCACCUCCUGCUGGAUUAGGGAACUGUGGAUUUACUCCAUCCUCGUUAAACAGUGUUAUUGCCCCUAUUACCUCAAAAUUAUUACACCCAAUUAGUGGGGGAGGAGUCGUAUCAGGCCACAACACAUCACAGAUAGUUGAUACUUCUUCUAACAAGAAUGAAACAACACGUCGUGUGAAAACUAUGCUUUCUUCUUAUUGUAAACUUUUAAUGCAGCAAUUAUCAAAUAGUUCUACAACUGGAAAUGGAUCUCUCCAUUUUCCCAUUGCGGUGUUGGAAGUAUGCCAAACCACUUCCACAGAUGACUCUGUACGAUCUGUAGGACAUUCAAAGGAACAUUUUCUAACAACAUCCACGGAUAACGGUGUAGUAGUUGAUGCUAUGUCUGGAAAUACUGCAGGAACUUUAUCGAUUACUUCAGUCAUGGAUUCUUGUUCACCACAAGUAGGUCCAGUUUCUCUUGGUGCGACAAUAACUAGUAACCCUUUCUUUGCUGGAUGGUUUUCAUUAGAAAGUACAGCAGCCUACAGACAAGUUGUUCAAACCUUUGAUCUCACAUCUUGGCCCUCCGUACUGCUUUUUGAUCCUUCUGGUAAUCUUUUAACUACACGUGCACUUGAACACAUUGAACGUGAGAUGAAUUUAAAGACAGAUGAGGAUUGGCAUCCACUUCCAUUAGAAGGUGUAGAUUUAGAACGUCAACAACAACAACAACAUCAUCACCCUUUAAAGUUUCAAUCAGGCUUCCCAUGGGUUACAAAUAAGGGUAAGAGUAAUAUUAGAAGCAAUAUGGAUGAAACUACAAACGAUUUUUCUUUUUCUUCACAUCUUAAGGAUAUCGUUUUAAAUGCACAUAGUGUGGCGGAUGUCCUUGACGGCGUUAACUUUGUUCAAACUGGUACUGUAGAUGAAUCAAACCAACCUCCACAUUUAGAUAAACAAUUGGAUGGGGCGACACAUCUUUUAGUGUACUUUGGAGGUGGUUGGCAUCCUUCCUCUAGAAGUUUUGUCCCUCAACUACGUCGUCUUUGGUCUGCUGUCAAUGAUUCCAAUGAUAAUCGUAAUAGUUUCAAUGAUGAUGAUGAUGAUGAUGAUGAUGAUGAUGAUGAUGGUGGUGGUGGGAGAUUAAGUAACUGGGGAGUGGAAAGCAAAGCACUUCACAUGCCUGGCUUCAGUGGGGGUACGUUAACGGGAUCAACGGAGUUGUUUUCGUACCGAAUGGGAACUAUAAGUAAUUGUCGUGGUAGUACCAGUUUAUUGGAAAGCGAACCACUGGGUUUCUCUUCAAAGGAGUCAUCACAGAAAAUUAUAUUCCUUGGUACACCACAAAGGAAGGAUAAUGAAGAAGUUAUUUCAUUAGGAGUGUUAGAAAAUGAGUCUACCCCGUUGAGGGGUUUGACUGUUGAUGAGCCAAAAGAACAACUGGAAGAAGAAAAAGGAGAUGAAGUAGAACAAGAAGAAGAAGAAGAGGGAAAAGAAAAAGAAGAGGUGCCACUUCAUCGUUUCCAAGUUUUGUACGUUAGUUGUGAUAUUAACAGGGAUCAACUUUAUAAUUCUCUCAAUGAUAUGCCAAGUUCGUGGUUGUGUAUUUCAUCAUCUUUUGGAACCAAAGAGCAUUCUUUGAUUGAAAAAUGUUUGGAACUUUUUGAUGUUCAUGUAUUCCCACGUCUUGUUAUUGUUAAAAUUGAGAAAAAAUCUGAAACAGAGGAAUCUGUUAAUGAGGGAUUGACGUCAAAUUCAACAUCUAACACCAAUUUAAAUGUUCUUUAUUCUCAUGGAGAACGAUUAGUUCUUCGUGGUGGUAUUAUCAAAAAAUACCCAUGGCGUAUUGCUGGGGAACUGAAGAAUAAUGCAGAUAAAUAUUUAGGAUUACCAAGUCUUCCAUUUCAGCUUCCUGUGGUUAGUGAAUGCUUAACACCAAUAAGUUGUUGCAAUGCGAUUAAGUCAGCUGUCGCAGAAGGUGGUUAUUUAUUCCUUCUUUGUGGAAUGGGAAAAAUUUCAUCGGAAAUUCAUUCCACAUGUGCUGCAGUCUUGCAUGAAGCCAGUGUUUGGUGGGCAGAGGAGAUGGAAAAACCUAGAAAGAAUGUUGAAAAGAAUUCGCUUUCAUCUACAAUAGAAUCUAAUUCUAAUUCAUCCUCUGUUGUUGUUCCUCCUCCUCCUCCUCCUGCUGCUGCUGCUGCUGCUGCUUCUGGUAGUAUUCCUACUUUCAAUCAGAAUGUCUUUGAUCGAACUCGAGAGGAACUCUAUAACUCACAGAAUUCCGGCUCACCUAAUAUGACUGGGAAAAGUACAGCAAAGAUGGAUGAACUCUAUGGGGCAUCAUUUGAUAAUCAAAAAUCAUUCUUGCCGGUAUACUUUUUUGAUGCCAUUGUGGAAAAACGUGAGAAUGGCGAUAGUAGCGCUGAACAAUCGGAUAGUGAAAGUGAUAUGGGUGACCAUUCUAACGAUGAUGUAGUAAAGGAUGAAAGGGCAAUGGUGCAAGAAUAUGUUCUAUCGGAGGUAUUGGAGGGGAAUGAACACUUGUUACCACCAUUUGAAGGGGAACCUUUUUUGAUUUGUCUGCAGUUGCCUGAACGACGCGCAUCCGUUCUUCGACGGAGAUUUGAUUUUGAGGUUUCGACUGGAACCACAACAGUAUUAUCUCGUCCUCUCUCCGGUAAUGCCACUCUUACUACCUCACUUCCCUCUAGUGGUUUAUCUCCACUGCUACCAAAAACAAGUGGGGAUGCUCAGGCCUCUAGUGGGACUUUUCAAGUAUCAAUACCCUUCACGGAGUCCGGGUCCGGUCGUACAUCUCUUUCAGGAACUCUCCAGGUGGAACUCUCUUCCGGACCGCACUUCAUCAACCCAUUGACUUCAGUGCGGUACGUAAAGGCUUUUAUUGCCCAGCAAAUUCUUGAGUAA